GGAAAAAAGAAAGUCCACUUCCCCCCCUCUCUCUCUCUCAUAAAUCUCUGCAACAAUUAAAAAAAAAAAAACCGAACGGUUUUCUCACUCGUUUCACGCCGCCGUACGUUCACCGCGCCGGAAAAAUUAAAGUCCACUCUAUCUCCUCCAAUAUUAGGCGCGUAUCUUUCUCUCACUUAUUAAUCAUCAGAUUAUCUUCGUCUUUUGUCGCGAUGGAUGCAGUUAAUUGGCGGCGGCCUAUAUGAAUCGGAGUUCCACCGGAACGAUUUUCUGUGUGAAGUAUAUUAUUAUAUAUAUAAGUAUUUGAUUUUGCAAAUAAUAAAUUCAGUCGGUUUUUUUUUUUUAUUUUUUUUUUAAAUAAUUGUUUUGGUUGGUUGGUGAGAGAUGGGUAGUAUAAUCGACGCGACGAUACUGCAUCAUGUGUGCAUUGUGCUGCUUGUGCUAUGGUUUCUCAAUUCGUUCAACUAUGGCCAUCCCGUUGCUUAUUUUCUCUCCCUCAUAUAUCUCUAUCUGGUCCACGAAGGGUAUGUUGUUAAAUUGACGAAGAAACUGCAGUUUGAGGAAAAAAGAGAAUCCAAUCAAAAACGGGUGCUUGUGGAUUCUGAAACCGUCAGAUGGUUGAACCAUGCCGUUGAGAAGAUGUGGCCUAUCUGUAUGGAAGAGAUUGUCUCCCAGAAAAUGCUUCUCCCUAUUGUUCCGUGGUUCUUGAAAAAGUAUAAACCAUGGACAGCGAAAGAUAUUGAGCUUCAGCAUCUUUACUUGGGCAGAUCCCCUCCUAUAUUAACCGAAAUGAGGGUUCUUCAAAACGCCAAUGGUGAUGAUCACUUGGUUAUUGAGGCGGGAUUGAAUUUCCGUACAGCAGAGGAUAUGAGUGCGAUACUCCAAGUGAAACUGCGGAGAAGACUGGGUUUUGGAAUGACGACAAAAUUGCAUUUGUUGGGCAUGCAUAUUGAAGGGAAGGUGUUGGUUGGGGUAAAAUUCCUUCGUGGAUGGCCAUUUAUUAGUCGUUUACGUGUAUGCUUUGUUGAGCCACCGUAUUUUCAGAUGACUGUGAAACCUAUAUUCACUCACGGCCUUGAUGUAACCGAACUUCCUGGGAUUGCUGGUUGGAUAGAUAAUCUUCUGGCCCUCGUCUUUGAACAAACUCUAGUCGAGCCCAAUAUGCUAGUGGUUGAUGUUGAAAAAUUCGCUUCCCCCAAACCAGAAAAAUGGUUUUCUGUUGAUGCAAAAGACCCUAUAGCGUACGCUGUUGUGGAAGUUCUUGACGCUGCUGACAUGAACCCGUCAGAUAUGAAUGGAUUGGCUGACCCAUAUGUGAAGGGACAAUUAGGGCCUUACAGAUUCCGGACUAAGACUCAGAAGAAAACUUUGGCUCCAAAAUGGUCUGAGGAAUUCAAGAUCCCUAUUUGCUCAUGGGAAUCACAAAACUUGCUUCGCAUUGAAGUUCGUGAUAAGGACCAUCUAUACGAUGACAUGAUGGGAGAUUGUUCGGUAAACAUCAAUGAAUUUAGGGGUGGCCAGAGGCAUGACAUGUGGUUGUCUCUCCAGAACAUUAAAAUGGGAAGAUUGCAUCUUGCGGUUACUGUGUCUGAAGAAACUGAAAAGGAAGCAGAACCCUCAGACGAUGCAGAAGUUCUCGAAAGUGACAAUAAGAGAAACUCAUUCACAGAAGAUUCUUCUAAAAAAGGCUCCUUCAGUAAAAGAAUCUCCUUCACAGACGAUUCUUCUAAGAAGGGCUCCUUCUCCUCCAAAUCAUUUGAUAAAUCCCCAAGAGUCGCAGAUAAAUUCGAGCCAAUCGACAUUGAAGGGAAACCAGAGACGGGGAUAUGGAUUCACCACCCAGGCAGUGAGGUUGCACAAGUGUGGGAGCCAAGAAAGGGCAAACUCAGACACCAAGAUAGCCAUCAACUCAACAGGCAAGUUCGGUCCGAGGCUAAUGAAGGCAGCAGCACAGAUGAAGGCACGGAUCCUAACAUAUCAUCGCAGUCGACAAAUCCAGUUCGUAGAGGGUUGCGAAAGAUCGGUUCGGUUUUCCGGAGGAGUUCAAAAACCGAAGAAAAAGUCAACUUUCUUGUGGGGCCCGAAUCAUAUCCGAAAGAUAAUAUCCGGUCUUUGAACGCCAAGAAAGUUGGGGUGAAGUUGAUAAUAGACGAAACUAUGAUCUCUACAUCUACUACAAAGGCACCAAACGGUAAUAACGAGAAAGAUUUGCUGGAGGAAACUGGCGUGGGGAGCCCUCGACAAGGGCAUGUGAAGGAUGUGGCUAAGGGCAUUUUGAAAUCGGCACGUGACUUCAAGCAUACACUCUCUCGGAGAGCAUUGAGGAAGUCAAAAUCUGAAAUCGGAUCUUUGCCGACAGAUCAGGAAUCUUCUUCUGACGAGGACGAGUCUCGUUCGUCGUCCAUUGAUACUUCGCUUGGACAUGGUGGUUUGGUUAUUUCUGGUUCGGCUGUUUCUAAUGUAGCAAAGGGAUCUGGUAAUAGUUCUUUCAAGGGUAUAGAUGAUGCUGUGCGGGUUGAUGCUGUAUCUGGUAAUAGUUCUUUCAAGGGUAGAGAUGAUGCUAUGCGGGGCGAUGCUGUAUCUGGUAAUAGUUCUUUCAAGUCCGACAGUUCGGUCGGGACUCCAAGGGGCAGUAAUUUUCAUACUCCUUUGACUUUGUAAGGAGUAGGAUGGAAAUAAUAAUCAACCAAAUGUCCCGUUCGAAUGAUGUGAGAGUUUAUCGUAGGCUGGUUUAAUGCUCGUUUCUUAAAGAUAUAUAUAUACCUGUGUGUUGGGUAAAUAGUUCUUUCAUGAUUUUGGUACAGUGUGGUGUGAGCAGGAUCUUGUAUAAUCUUUGUUUGUUUGUUUGUUGUUUGUUCUUAUAUCUUUGAAAUGCUGUUGUAAAGGAAACCGUAAAUAUUAUGAAUGUUCAAAUUUGUGAAAUAAGUAUAGUACUGUAUUUUUUAUUA